GCAGAGUUAAGCGUCGCAGCGUAUAGUCAUAUAUAUACCAUCAGUCAAAAAAAUGGCCUCAAAUCACAUUAUGAUAUCAAAGGCCCGAAAACAAGAAGCCAUCAUCAAGAAAUAUCGACAUGCCCAAGCUCUUUUGAACGCCAUAAAAUGCGAAGCAAUUGAAAUCGGUUUGGAACUGCCCACAGUAUCAAAUAGUGCUGAACGACGUGCUGUAUCCGUUGAUAAUAAUGUUAAUGGACGUGGUGUUGGUGGUGAUAGUGUUGAACAACGAGGUGUACCAGGUGACGAUGAUGAUGAUGAUGUUAAUGGACUUGGUGUUGGUGGUGUUGAUGUUGUACAGCGUAUUGUACCAACUGGACACAGUAAUUUUCCCAAGCAGGAAUCACUGCUACAAUCAACUUAUUCGGAAAAUAAUGAUUAUCUGGUUCAACACGUCCAACAACAGUACGGCCACUCAGCCCGCGUCCAGCAAUCAAUUCAUUGGGAAAGUAAUCAUGUUCAUGGACGUGGACUUGGUGGACAACGUGGUGAAUCAGGUGAUAAUCUGAACAACUAUUAUAACAACAGAUUGUAGAAAAUGCAGAAGAUAGUUUCUUAACAGAUGAGUACAGUAAUCUUCUUGGUCUUGUUGAAACUAUACUGUUGGUAGUUUGGUACACCUCGAGCGUCGGACAAUCUUGAUGAAAAAGAAUCUGAAAAAUUAUCCCAAGAACCAUAUUUGAAACCAUUUGAUAUCAAUUAAAAACUAUUAUCAUUUAUAAAGUUAAUACUAUUAUUAUUAUUAUU